UACAUGUUAAAUAAAACAACCAGAACAAGGUCAACGUAAAGUACCUACUGGUCUGACAGUAGGAGUUUCUGCUACUGUAACUACUGCUGCCAUAGUUACUCCGGUCCAAACUCCAUUAAAAUAAUUUAAAAAACAACAGCAGCAACAACCACAAACACAUCAAGAAAGCGCUAACAAAAUGAAAAUAUACAGGUGUGGCUCUUGUGCAUGCCAAUCGAAAGAGAUUGGGCAUGUUCGAUUUCACGUGCGCUCUCAUACGAACAAAAAGGAGCCUGAAAAACCUAUUCUUAAACACCGAGUGGGUAAAGCAUUAACUCCGCUACCGCAACAGAAGAUAGGAUUGUACAGAUGUGAAGUAUGUUCAAAUAUAUUUGAUAGUCAAAAUAAUUGUCUUGAGCAUGUUAAAAAAUACUAUAAUCAGCAAAUUGCUCCCAUCAAGAAACUUCAGAUGGUAUUGAGAAAGAUGUUGAUGAAGACAAGGCAAAUGUGGAAGACAAAAUGGAAGACUUGGACAUUUUAGCCAUUUUAGAUACACAAAACAAAUAUUAAGAUUUAUACAACUAAUAUAAUAGACAAUAGUUAGUAA